UCGCUGGCAUGAUUUUCUAUUUGACUCGAGCUCAGCUUCGUCAAGGCGGUGCGUCGUGGCUUGCGGCCCAACGCCUUCCUGUUCUGGCUCUCUCCCAUCGUACGUAUGCUGAGAUCCUCUCUCGUUUCGCCGCCUCGAUGAGCACUGAUCCCUUACAAUCCCGCCCUAGAUGAUGAUCCGAACCUACUCGAGGCGAAACCGCUGCGAUUCCCGGAGUUUCUCCGAAACCCCCCGUUUUGAUUCCGACUAUGGCGGAUCUGAGGACGCCGACCUACGCGAGCUCUCCCUCUCGCAAGACAGCCACCAAGAUCGUCGCCAUGGACUUGCAGUCACAUUAUCCUCCCAGGAGUCGUCACCUUGGUCCCUCGACCCUGAUCUCUUGUCAUUAUCUCUCCGUGAGAACGAAGACCCCUUGGAUGACGAGGAGACGGAGAGGAGGACUGAAAAGAAGGGGCGGAAGCAAAAGCGGGGUUGCAUCGAUGAUUUAAAGGGGCAAGAGCCUGCGGCGGCUAUGUCGGAGACUUCGACGCUGUUGGAGACGCAGGAGUUCGGGGAGAUGAUGGAGCAUGUUGAUGAGGUGAAUUUUUCUCUUGACGGUCUCCAGCCAUGGCAGCCCGCUCGAAUUCGGCGGGCCAGCUUGCUCUCUCUGCUAAGCAUUUGCAGCGUGGCGCAGCGGCGCCGGCUACUUAGGGCUCGGGGGAUGGCUGAUAAAAUAAUCAAUGCAAUUUUGGACUUGAACUUUGAUGAUUCUCCAAGCACCAUCGGUGCAGCAGCUCUUUUCUUCAUCAUGGCUAGUGAUGUUGAAGAUGAGCGUCUUCUAGAGUCUCCGGCUUGUCUACGUUUUCUUCUUAUGCUAUUAAAUCCACCAAUUAGUCAUUCUGUUGAGAAGAAGCCACAAAAGGGCCGCUUCAAUCUCUUAGAUAGACACAAGCCUCAAACACUUGAUAGUGCAAGUAAAGGAGUUGAUUCUAGCUCAAGAGCAAUAAUUUCAAAAGUCAAAGAAAUUCUUGUAAAUUGUAAUGAGAUCAAAUCUGGCAAUGAGAAUGAUGAUGGUAUGAAGAGGCCGGAGUUCAGCUCAAAAUGGAUAGCUUUAUUGAUCAUGGAGAAAGCAUGCUUAUCUACCGUCUCUUUUGCUGGUGCAACUGAGACAAUUAGAAAGGUUGGUGGAAAUUUUAAAGAAAGUUUGAGGGAGCUUAAAGGACUAGAUGCAAUCUUUGAAGUUGUCACUGAUUGCCAUUCCACCCUAGAGGGUUUGUUUAGAAAGAAGUUGUCAUCAGUUACAGAUUCAAAAGACGACGACAGUGCUGCCCUUGAAAGUGUUGUAUUUCUCCUCAAAUGUUUGAAGGUUAUGGAAAAUGCCACUUUUCUGAGCAAAAACAAUCAGAACUACUUGCUUAGUAAGAAGGCCAAGUUGGAAUCUGGAAGGACGUCUUUGUCUUUCGUUGGUAUUAUUAUCAGUUGCAUCAAAUUUUUAUCAGGCCUUUCUCUUCUCCAAAAUCCUUUUAGCACCUCCAACUAUGGGAAAUUAACAUGCUUGCCCAAUGGAGCCUCUGAAGUUUGCUCGAAGGGGAAGAAUACAGAUGUGCAGGAUUAUUCUUCAACUUCUUUCUGUGGAACUAAGAGUUCACAAAUGGAGAGCAUUGAAGUUUGUCAUAAACGUCAAAAGCUGUCUACGGCAAGCUUAGAAGCUACUACAUCACUUGAUGCUUUACCUGCAAUGGAUAGAGCUGAUUGCCUUACUUCUACAUCUUAUGAUACGUCAUUUAAUUCUUCAAAUGGGUUAAGCUGCACAAGUACUAUUGGCUUGGAAGUAAAGUUACAUCCAAAUGGCAUGAAGGCGAAUUCUCAAAGUUCAAGUGGCUGGAUUUCCAUAAGGUCAACUGGUUCAAAAGAAAGCUCUCAUGUCCAAUCCAAGAGAAUGCAAAUGUCCAGCCAUUGCAAAGCUGACAGCGCAAGUGAAUUUUGUGAUCCAUUUGAAUUUGAUGAUCACUUGGGACCAUCAAAGUGGGAACAAUUAUCUUCAAAAAAGGGAAAAACUCAAACUAGCACACAAGCUUUUGCAGUUACUGAAAAUGUCAAUGGAUCUGAGGCUCUGAGUAUAAUCAUAAACGAUGAAUCAAGUCAGCCCACUAUUGAAGUCAAUCCCAAGUCGAGUGAUAAUUCUUGUCCAUCGGCAGCUGAAGAAGAUCCUAAUAUUUUAGAGGACUGCCUUCUUUCUUCAGUAAAGGUUCUAAUGAACUUAACAAAUGAUAACCCUGUUGGCUGUCAGCAAAUUGGAGCCUGUGGUGGUUUGGAUACUUUGGCUUCCUUGAUUGCGAACCAUUUCCCAUCAUUUGACUUGUGCUUUCCUGUUGGCACUGAAACGGAAGAGAUUAUGACAUCCAUCGACAGAAGUAAUGAAUGUGGACAUCUUAAUGAUAGAAAGAUGCAUGAUCAUCAAUUGGAUUUUCUAGUUGCUAUUCUGGGUUUGCUUGUGAACCUUGUUGAGAAGGAUAGUCCUAACAGAUUGCGGCUUGCAUCUGCACGUGUUUUGGUGAAUCAGCCUGGAACCUCUGCUAGUAAGGAGAUUUACAGGGAAGUUGUACCUUUGCUGUGCUCCAUCUUUCUGUCCAAUCAACGAGCUGGGAAUGCUGCUGGAGAGGAAGAGGCUCUAGUCAAUGAUGACGAGGCAUCCUUGUUGCAAAGUCAGCGUGAGGCUGAAAUGAUGAUCAUCGAAGCCUAUGCAGCUCUACUGCUUGCCUUUCUGUCAACAGAGAGUACCAAGGUGAAAGAAGCCAUUGCACGCUGCCUUCCUAAUCACAGAUUACAAAUUCUUGUUCCAGUGUUGGAAAGAUUUGUGGCAUUUCAUCUGACACUGAAUAUGAUAUCCCCUGAAACACAUUCAGCAGUUGUUAAGGUUAUCGAAUCCUGUAAAGAAUCAUAAGGGGAAGGCGUAUUCCUGUACAGCUUUAAUAUCUCUACCAUCUCAACAAAUAUAUUCUUUUUUCUCCCUUGAAUGCAGAGUGCCUCUAGCUGUUUAACCUUGGAAAGUGAUCAUAACAUUACAUUUGCCUCUAUUCUUCUCUGUUAUCUUUUCUUUCUUGAUGAUCGGUUCUUUGGAGGCUUAAUCCUGAGUAGUGGAAGACAAUGUAUUCUUCUUUUUUUACUUGCCGAGCAAUGCAAUGAAAAGAAAUGUAUUGUUUGUACAGGAGCUGAUUUUAUUAUGCUCAUCACUGUCAUCUGUUUUCAUCCGAAGCCAGUCUUAGUUUUGUUGCAGUUAGCUCUUUUGUUCAAUUUAUAAAUGAGAAAUUUACAUGCCA